AUGAAAACGGCGAUUUUUUUUCUCGAGUUAACUGUUCUCUGUCUAUCCACAACAUUUGCCGCAAAUGAGUCAGACAGCCGAGAGAUCCAAGUCAUUCCCGGGCAUACCCUCGAGGGGAAGCACUCAACCGCCAAUUGUCGUCACGAUCUGCAGAUUAGCCAAAUUUGGAAUUGGAUCCUUGGCUCAGCCGCUGGCCUUUUUUUAUUGACGAACGUCGUCACGUUGACGGUGUUCAACCGGGUGGCGCUCGGCGGAUGUUGGCAUCGCCUCGUGGACCGAAUUCGGCAUCGAAACGACGACCCGGAAAGGGAAAAUAUGAUGGAU